AUGGGCAUAAGCGAUUGGUCGGACGAAGGCAAACAUAAAGUGAGAUUUCAAAAAGGUAAAGAACCAUCAUCAUCUGAAGAAGAAGAUGAUGAAGAAAUGAUUGACAUGCCAGUUCGACGUUCUGAUUUUGAAUCUGAUCGACAUACUAAUGGAGGUGUGAUUAAUUACCGACAACUCAAUGGUGAUGAUGUAUCAUUAUCUUCAUCAGAAUCAUCAUCUGAAGACACGGCUGAUACAUUAUCAAAGGCAUCAUCAUCAGAUGACGAUAAUAAUGAUGUUUUAUAUGAAAAUAAAACAUUUGUUACAUGUCGAAGUCCAUCAGAUUCAUUUUAUCUUUGUCAAGUUUUACAAGAUGUUUAUACAAAUACAAAAAAAAUUCGUAUUCGUUGGUGUUCUAUAGUUGGUGACAAUGGUGAUGAUACAAAAAUUGGUAUCAAUACACGUUUUAAAUUGGAUUAUAGGGAUACACUUGAUCCGGACACAAUUUUAACAAGUAUAUCAGAUGUUAUUUAUCAUGAUGAUAAUAAUACAAUAUCAUUAAAGAAAGAAGAUAUUGUUGAAACAAAACGUUUAUUACAAAAAUCAAUUUGUGAUGAAUCACUUUCAUCUGAUGAUAUGAUGGAUUUAUCAACAGAACAUAAUGUGAAAAAGAAAUUACCCAGUCAUAUACAUUUUGAAUCAAGUAGUGAAGAUGAAUCAAGUAGUUCUUCUGCUUCACAAUCAUCGACAACAAUUUCGACAGCAAAUAAAAAACGAAAACGUGCAUCAAAUAAACAGAAAUCUCGUAAACAACCGGCAAGAAAACGAGCACGUAAAACAUCGGAUACAUCUGGUGAUGCAGUUCGUAAACGUCGUCGUCCAGCAAAAUCUACGACUAAGAGCACAGUUCGUAUAACAAAACGACGACAAAAGAAAACUUCCUCUGAAAAAUCUGAUAAUGAAGAUGAAACAUCUAAAUCCAAGACAAAAACAAAAAAACCUGCUACAACACCAAAAGCACAAUUAUUUAAAGUAUAUAGUAAUCGUUUACUCAAAGAAAACACUACAAUAACAAAAUAUAAUAAAGAACCAUUUUUCGAAGACAAUUUACCUGUACCAUUUAUUUCAUCAUUUAUUCAAAGUAAAUUAGCUAUUCGUGCUGUAAUGAUAAAUGAUUCAAAACUAUUAAAAAGUCUUAUUAAUGAUGUUCAUCGUGUUUGUUCGGUACAUGUAACACGUAGUCUUUAUAAUGAUUUAUCAGCAUUACAUUAUGCAAUUAAAAAUAAUAAUAUUAAUAUGGUUAAAAUUUUACUUGGUGAUAUUAAAUCACCGAAAAAAAAUCGAUGUCCUUUUCCAACUGUUUCAAUGACAAGACAAAAUACAGGAAGAGCUAAUAUUCGCACAUUUGGUUUUCGAACAGCUACAAUAAUGGCAAGUCGUGGAGCUAAAGAAGGCAAUAAUGCAUUAAACAAAGAUCAAAUGCAUUCAACAGCAUUUGCUAAUGGUGUUGAAAUAAUUUCUUAUGCUUUAAAAAAUAAUUGUUCAAAUGAAAUAUAUGACUUACUUUGCGCAGCAUUUGAACAUGCACAUAAUUCAGUUUAUGAUAAUAUUCAUAAAAUAAUUCAAGCUGGUCAUCGUAAAUUAGCUGCAAGUAUUAUUGAUGAAAUAAAAGAUAAUAUAUUUCAUGGUUUUAAUUAUCUUCAUUAUCAAGUUUUAUUUUAUGAUAAUGAAGAUAUAACAAUAAAUCGUGCAGCAAGUGUUAUCAAAAAAACUCGAGCUAAUUUUAUGAUAACACCGAUACAUUGUGCUGCAAUAAAUCCAAAUGUAAAAUAUUUAAAACAAUUAUUAAAUACAAUGCCAGAAUAUAAUAUUCUUGAUAAAUAUGAACGAAGACCAAUACAUUUUGCUGCUGCAUGUGAAGGAUCAGAUCCACUUGAAUAUCUUUUAUCAAAACAUGUUAAUUUUAAUGAUAUUGAUCGUGGUGGAAAUUCACCAUUACAUAUUGCUGUUAUGAAUGGUCGUGCAAUAAAUGCAGAAAUAUUAUUACGUACAGCAAAAGAAAAAACAACAUCAAAUGAAGCUGAAGAACAGAUAAUUCAGGAAAAAUUUGGUCUUGCUUCAAUUAAUCGUAUGAAUAAAUCACGUUUUUAUCCUUUACAUUUAGCUGUUCUUAAUAAUCAUUUAAAUUGUCUACAAGUUUUACUUGAAUAUGGGGCUAAUGCUGAUAUUUGUACAAGUACAUCAUCAGGAAAAUUAACACCAUUAAUGUUAGCUUGUCAAAAAGGUUAUUUAAAUAUAGUUCAACAUUUAAUUGAACAUGGAGCUAAAGUUGAAGCUCGUGAUCGCUUUCAACGAACACCACUUAUACAUGCAUGUAUGUGUGGUAAUGCACAUGUUGUUUCAUAUUUACUUCGUUUGGGUGCUAAUGCAAAUGUAUAUGAUUCAUCAUUGAAUACAGCUUUACAUUAUGCUAUAGCUAAUGGAUGGUAUUUUUGUGUAAGAUUAUUACUUGAAGCUGGUGCAAAUUUAAAUUGUGUUAAUUUAUGGCAAACAACUUGUUUAGCAGCAGGAUUUUUAAAAGGACAUUAUGGUCUAUGUGAUUAUCUUCUUACGGAUCAUCAUGUUGAUAUUAAUUUUAAAACAGAUGAUGGUUUAACUCUUGUUAUGUUAACUGUUGGUCUUGAAGUAACAUCAUCAGCUAUAGAACAACUCGAAUAUGUUGUAGAAAAACAUAAAGCUGAUUGUACAACUACAGAUGCUAAUGGAAGUAAUGCUUUACAUUAUUUAGCUGAAAAUAUAUCGGGUCAAGAUACACAUAAUAUGGAUGAAGACACUAAAAAAGCUCUUCGUGAUAAUUAUUUUAAAAUGGCUAAAAUUCUUCUUUCUCAUAAAUGUGAUCCAAAUAAAAUGAAUAACAAAGCACAAACACCAUUAAUGCUUGCACUUGAAGCAGGAAAUUUUAUACUUGUUGAUUAUUUAAUUGAUAAUGCUAAAAUUGAGAUUAAUUCUGAUAUAAGUCAUGAUGGUAAAACACUUCUACAUUAUUUUGCAAAAAAAUGUCAUAAAUAUGAUCUUAUUAAAUCAUUACUAAAAUUACCAAUUAAUGAUGAAAUUAAAAAAAUGGGUCAAAUAUUUGAUAAUAAUGGUCGAACACCAUUUCAUUAUUGUGCUUCAAAAUUUGAUGAAUUUUGUCAACGAUUUAAAUCUUCAAAAGGUACAGAUCAGUUAAAGAAAUCCUAUCAAUCAAUUGUUCAAAUGAUUGAAUAUUGUCUUGAAUCAGCUGAAUGUAAUCCUGAUAUUGAAAUAAAAACAAUAGAUGACUUAAAAAAAUCUAACAAAGAUGACGAUGACAAUGAUGAAUAUGAAAGUUUAGGUGGUGAAGAUCAAGAAGAAGAAACAAGUGAUGAUAAUGAUGAAGAAGAUGAUGAUGAAGGUGAAGAUGAACAAACAUCAAAUGAAAAUUCUCAAAAUCUUGAUGAUAUGUUUGCUAUCGGCAAUAAAAAAUCUGACUUGAAACCCAAAGAAACAAGUGUCUUCUUUUUAUUACGAACUGUUUCAUUUGCUGAUGAUACAAUGAAACAUCCAUUAGAAGUUUUUCUUAAAAAAACAACAAAUCUUAAUGUACUUCAUCAUAAAACUCAUCGUACACCAUUAUUAGAAGCUAUUUAUCUUGAACAAUUUAAAACAGCAGAAAUGUUAAUUCAUAAUUCAUUAUGUGAUAUUAAUUUAUCAACAUCAAAUCGUUCAGAUGAACGUCAAAACACACCAUUAAUUUUAGCAUGCAAAUUACAAUUAUUAUCUGUAGUACGUAAUUUAUUAGAACAUAAACAAUGUAAUAUUACAUUAUAUGAUUAUGAAAAUAAUCAAGCAAUACAUUAUUAUUUACAAACAUCAAAUCGUUCGUGUGAAUAUUUAGAUAUAUUAAAUAUAUUUAUUAAAAAACUUAAAUUAACAACAAUAAAUGCUUUAAAUAUUCUUGGAAAACAUCAACGUACACCUUUGCAUAUUGCUGUUUAUCAUAAUUUAGGUACUAUUGAUGCAAUAACAGAUGUUGAAAAAAUAUUAAUUGAUAAUGGAAGUGAUUUAAUGAUUCAAGAUGAUUUGGGAAAUAUACCCUUACAUAAUGUUUUUCUAAAUAAAAAAGUUGGUGAUGAUCCUGUAGAAUUAUGUGUUUUACUUAUGAAAACAAUGAAAUACAAACUCAUUGAUACAAUAAAUAAUGAUGGAAAUACUCCUUUACAUUUAGCAGUGACAAAAUGUUCUACAGUAUGUGUAAUGCUUUUACAACAACAUAAUGCCAGUUUAUUAAUUGAAAAUAAUUUAUCUAAUUCAAUAAUUGGUACUUGUGUUGCAUCAGAUCAUUUAAAUUUAUUUAUAACAUUUCUUCAACAAUCUAAUGAUAUUGAUCUUAUAAAACUAUACACUCUACCUAUUGAAAAUAUACCAUCAAAAACUACUGAAGACACUCCUACGACUCAGCAAAGUUUAUUUCCGCGACCCACGGUACCACGAAGACAAUUAAUUACUCAUCAAAUACAAAAAUCAGUUAAGAAAAAAGAAAAACCAGUAAAAAAAGAUAAUAAUAAUGAUAAUUGGAAAUGGAAAUAUAGUGAAAUAAAAAAUUCUAAAGAAUAUAAUCAAUAUUCAUUAAUAUAUUUAAUAAUUGAACGUGAUUGGCAAGGUGCAUUAUCAUUAGUUCUUAAUGAAAUUGAUCGUUUUCAUUUAAGUUAUAUACAAAUAAUCGAAGCAGCUGUAUUGAAUAAUAAACUUAAUCUUGUUCAUCGUCUAUUAUUACGUUUAAAAGAUGAAAUUAGUUUUAAUGAAACAAAUUCACACAAACAAAAUAUAUUUCAUUUAAUUGCUAAUAUGAAUGAAUAUAAUGAACCUUUAUUAAAACAAAUACUUUUAUUUCUUUAUGGAUAUGAUUUUAAUUGGAAUACAUCAGAUGAAUAUGGUUCUUAUCCAUUACAUUAUGCAUGUGUUAAACAAAAUUUUAUUUUUAUUGAUUUCAUACGUGAUAAAUAUUCAAGAAUGUUUAAUUUAAAUCAAUCUGAUUCAUUUGGUAAUACAGCUAAUAGUUUAUUAUUUUGGUCAUUACCAUAUAAAACAUCAUUUUCAAAUGAAAAACUUCGUUUAUUAAUUACAUCAGGAAAACAAAUAGAUUGUUUAUGCAAUUAUGAUAAUGAAAUACCUAUGAAUCCAUUAUCGUUUGGUUAUAUUGAUUCAUCAAUCAAAGACAUUUCUUAUCCACCAGUUAAAUCUAAUCAUAUACGAACAUCACCAUUAAUUCAUGCAAUCGUUCAUAAUAAUUUUGAAUUAGUUAAAUUUUUACUUGAACUUAAUGCUGAUGUCAAUUAUCCAGAUGAACAUAAACAAACGCCACUCAUGCAUGCUGUUAUUCAGAAUAAUAUCGACAUAGUUAAAUUACUUUUGAAUAAAAAUUAUUCUCCUGAUGAUAAUCAAAAUGAAACACCAACACAUAAACCAGUGCGUUAUCGAAAAGGACGACAACCUAAAGCUCGACAACGAAAGUUUUUUCUUGGUGUUACUACAACCGACACAGAUGAAACAUCAAAUAAUAAGAAAGCAAAAAAAUUUCAAAAAACAUCGUCAAUUAAUUUAAAUGCAAUUGAUAUUCAUGGACGUACAUGUAUUCAUCAUUUAAUUCAACCAUUUUCUGACGGUUCAUAUACAAAUAAUAUUGAUAUACUUCAUUUAUUACAUUCUUGUGGUGCUUCAUUAACAAUGACUGAUUUGUCUGGUUUAACACCAUUAGAAUAUAGUAUUAGAAAUAAUUGUCAACACUUACAUGAAGAAAUAACAAAAUUAAUUCGUAAUAAAACAAGUGCAUUUAAAUCAACAAAAGAAAAAUUUUAUGUAAAUGAUCCAAAUCAAAAACUUCUAGUUAAAACAGAUUUUUAUAAUGAUGCUCAAAAUUUAAUUAAUGAAUAUAUUUCAAAUCAUCCAGCAAAUAAAUCUAAUAAUAUUGAAUAUAAAGUCGAUCGAUUAUCUGGUAUGAGUUUAACAGGUGAAGUUUUAAUUGAUACAGAUAAAAAUGAACCAUAUGAUGUACGUCUUACAAAAACAGAUGUUGGUUAUGGUACAUAUGGAUUAUAUAAUUUUUAUCGUAUGCAAAUAAUUAAACAUAAAAGUAAGAAUAAUUUGUACUUUUUAUUCACACGUUGGGGUCGAAUGGGUAAUGCUGAAGGUCAACACCAAUUAACACCAUUUAUAACAUUUGAUGAAUGUCGAAAAGAAUUUUUAAAAGUUUUUCGUGAAAAAACCGGUAAUGCAUGGAAAGAUACAGAUCAAUUUCAAGCAAAACCAAAAAAAUAUUCACUAGUACAAUUAAAUGAACGUGAAAUGAAAAAAUAUUCAAAUGUACCUAUUGAUUUUGAUCGAUUACAAGCUGAACAUGAACAACCAGCAUCACAACUUCAAGCAUCUGUUUAUAAAAAUUUGAUGCGAACAUUAAUUAAUCGUCAAGCUUUUCGCAAUAAUAUACAUAAAACUACAUUAGAUAUUGAAUGGAUGCCUGUAUCACAAUUAAAACGUGAAACAUUAGAAAAAGCACGUGAUUUAUUAAUAAAAAUAAAAGAAACAAUUGAAAAAAAGAAUAAAUUUACGAAAGAAAUUCAGCAUAAAAGAACAACUGAUCAAAAAAAUGAAAUAAAAUCAAUUUUGGAAUCCAUUUAUCAAUAUACAAAUGAGUAUUAUACAUUAAUACCAUUAAAUGGUUAUGCUGAUGAAAAGUUAGCUGUUAUUGAUGAUGAAAAUUCAUUAAAAGCACAAGAGAAAAUACUUGAUGAUUUAUUUGAAUUGGAAUUAUCAUAUAAAAUUUUAUUAGGUGCACAAGCCAAUGUAAAAUCUAUUUCACCAUUAGAUUAUUUAUAUAAAUCAAUGAAUUGUCAAUUUCAAGCUUUAAAUAAAGAUGAUAUUGAUUCUCAACUUAUCUUACGUUACAUAUGGACUACUGCACCUGAUGUAAAAAUAGAACAAAUAUUUAAAAUUGCACGACCAAAUGAAGAUGAACGAUUGAUGAAAUGUAAUUUAAGUAACCAUUGUUUAUUAUGGCAUGGAACUGGUAUUUGUAAUUUAAUUAGUAUACUUACUCGAGGUCUUCUCGUUGGAUCUUUAGCAGCAAGAGCAACUGGAAGUUUGUUUGGAACAGGAAUCUAUACAGCAGAUACAUUCGCAAAGAGUCUUGGCUAUUGUUCCGGUGUUAAACAAAAUGAUGAUGAACGAUGUUUUAUGCUUUUAUGCGAAGUUGCUUUAGGUAAAAUGAAAGAAGUUGGUGUACAACGCAAUGAUGAGGAGGAGGAAGAGGAAGCUGAUGAUGAUGAUGAUGAUAAACCACUUGAUUUCAAACGAUUUCAAAGUCGAAAAGGUGUCGGUCGACGUAUACCUGAUCCAAAACAUACAAUAACUCGAAAUGAUGGUGUACAAAUACCACUUGGUCAACUAAUUGAUAAUAAAGAUUUUGGUGGAAGUUAUUAUGGUCUUAAUUAUAAUGAAUAUAUAGUUUAUGAUGAAACACAAAUUGCGCUUCGUUAUCUUGUACAAUUUCGUCGUUAG